GAAAAACAGACGGAGCCCGGGAGACGAGAAAGCAAGGGAGGAAGAAAGAGGCAGAAAGGGCGUGUUUAGGCGCUACGUCUCCCCUCCCCUUUCUCAGGUCCCAGCUCCGGCUCUGCGCGCUCGCUCUGAGGCUUCAGCUCCCCGCGGGCGAAGCUGGGCGUCGGGUGCGAUAGCCCGGGCCGCCCCUCGGGCCGCCGCCCCGCGCCUGCCCGCGCUCCCCACCGCGCGCUCCCCACGCCCGGCCCGGAGCCUCUGCGGGGCGCCUUCCAGUCCCCUCCCCCUCCUCCUCGCGCCCUCCCCGGGGCUGCGACACCCCCGCGGCCCCGCCGCGCGGAGCUCCAGGCCAUGGGCUCGGGGCGCGUCCCCGGGCUCUGCCUGCUCGUCCUGCUGGUCCACGCGCGCGCCGCCCAGCAUGGCAAAGCUGCGCAAGAUGUAGAUGAGUGUGUUGAAGGCACGGACAAUUGCCACAUCGAUGCCAUCUGCCAGAACACCCCACGGUCGUACAAGUGCAUCUGCAAGUCUGGCUACACGGGGGACGGGAAGCACUGCAAAGACGUGGAUGAGUGUGAACGGGAGGACAAUGCAGGCUGUGUGCAUGACUGUGUCAACAUCCCUGGGAAUUACCGGUGUACCUGCUAUGAUGGAUUCCACCUGGCACACGACGGACACAACUGUCUGGAUGUGGAUGAGUGUGCAGAGGGCAACGGUGGCUGCCAGCAGAGCUGCGUCAACAUGAUGGGCAGCUACGAGUGCCAUUGCAGAGACGGCUUCUUCCUCAGUGACAACCAGCACACCUGUAUCCAGCGGCCGGAAGAAACCUGUGCUGUCAACAAUGGAGGCUGCGACAGUAAGUGCCACGACGCAGCGACCGGAGUCCACUGCAGCUGCCCCGUGGGUUUCAUGCUGCAGCCAGACAGAAAGACCUGCAAAGACAUAGACGAGUGCCGCUUAAACAACGGGGGCUGUGACCACAUCUGCCGCAACACAGUGGGCAGCUUCGAGUGCAGCUGCAAGAAGGGCUACAAGCUUCUCAUCAACGAAAGGAGCUGCCAGGAUAUAGAUGAAUGCUCCUUCGACCGCACCUGUGACCAUGUGUGUGUCAACACCCCGGGGAGCUUCCAGUGUCUCUGUCAUCGUGGCUACCUUCUAUAUGGUGUCACUCAUUGCGGGGAUGUGGACGAAUGCAGCAUCAAUAAGGGAGGCUGCCGCUUUGGCUGCAUCAACACCCCAGGCAGCUAUCAGUGUACCUGCCCAGCAGGCCAGGGCCGCCUUCACUGGAACGGGAAGGAUUGCACAGAGCCAGUGAAGUGUCAGAGCAGUCCAGGAGCCUCAAAAGCCAUGCUCAGCUGCAAUCGCUCAGGCAAGAGGGAUACUUGUGCCCUGACCUGUCCCUCCCGGGCCCGGUUCUUGCCAGAGUCGGAGAACGGUUUCACUGUGAGCUGUGGUACCCCGAGCCCUAAAGCUGCUCCAGCCCGAGUGAUCCAGUCUGGGAACAGCACCGUCUCCAGCUCCUGCCAUGAAGCUGCAGUGCUACCAGUCAAGCAGAGAGCCUCCUUCAAGAUCAAGGAUGCCAAAUGUCGCCUGCAUCUACGGAACAAAGGCAAAGCCGAGGAGGCCAGCAGGGUCCUGGGGCCAGGUGGUGUCCCCUGCUCUGAGUGCCAGGUCACUUUCAUCCACCUUAAGUGCGACUCUUCUCGGAAGGGCAAGGGCAGGCGGGCCCGGACCCCCCCAGGCAAGGAGGUUACCCGGCUCACCCUGGAAUUAGAAGCUGAGGUCAGAGCAGAAGAAACGACAGCUGGCUGUGGGCUGCCUUGCCUCCGACAGCGGAUGGAACGAAGGCUGAAAGGGUCCCUGAAGAUGCUCAGAAAGUCCAUCAACCAGGACCGGUUCCUGCUGCGUCUGGCAGGCCUUGACUAUGAGCUAGCCCACAAGCCAGGCCUGGGAGCUGGGGACCGAGCAGAGCUGGUGGAGGUUUGCAGACCGGGGCAGCACCGAGCAGGCACCAAGUGUGUCAGCUGCCCGCAGGGAACGUAUUACCACGGCCAGACGGAGCAGUGUGUGCCAUGCCCAGCGGGCACCUUCCAGGAGAGGGAAGGGCAGCUCUCCUGCGACCUUUGCCCUGGGAGUGAUGCCCACGGGCCUCUUGGAGCCACCAACGUCACCACGUGUGCAGGUCAGUGCCCACCUGGCCACCAUUCAGGAGAUGGGUUUAAGCCCUGUCAGCCAUGCCCACGGGGCACCUAUCAGCCUGAAGCAGGGCGAACCCUGUGCUUCCCCUGUGGCGGAGGCCUCACCACCAAGCACGAGGGGGCAGUCUCCUUCCAGGACUGCGACACCAAAGUCCAGUGCUCCCCGGGCCACUACUACAACACUAGCAUCCAUCGCUGUAUCCGCUGUGCCGUGGGCUCCUACCAGCCAGACUUCCGUCAGAACUUCUGCACCCGCUGCCCAGGAAAUACAAGCACUGACUUUGAUGGCUCGACCAGUGUGGCCCAGUGCAAGAAUCGGCAGUGUGGCGGGGAGCUGGGUGAGUUCACUGGCUACAUCGAGUCUCCCAACUACCCUGGCAACUACCCGGCCGGCGUGGAGUGCGUCUGGAACAUCAACCCCCCACCCAAGCGCAAGAUCCUCAUCGUGGUCCCCGAGAUCUUCCUGCCCUCUGAGGACGAGUGUGGGGACGUCCUGGUCAUGAGAAAGAACUCCUCCCCAUCCUCCAUCACCACAUAUGAGACCUGCCAGACCUACGAGCGGCCCAUUGCCUUCACUGCCCGUUCCAGAAAACUCUGGAUCAACUUCAAGACCAGCGAGGCCAACAGUGCUCGAGGCUUCCAGAUUCCCUAUGUGACCUACGAUGAAGACUAUGAGCAGCUGGUGGAAGACAUAGUGCGUGAUGGCCGGCUCUAUGCCUCAGAAAACCACCAGGAGAUCCUAAAGGACAAGAAGCUUAUCAAGGCCUUCUUCGAGGUCCUGGCCCACCCUCAAAACUACUUCAAGUACACAGAGAAACACAAGGAGAUGCUGCCAAAAUCCUUCAUCAAGCUACUGCGCUCCAAAGUCUCCAGCUUCCUGAGGCCUUACAAAUAGUGCCUGUGGGCCCGAGACCCAGUUCAGAGCUCCCACCUCCCUGGCCCUCAGAGCUGGCACCCCAACCUCAGACAAGAAACUGUCUCUCUUGAAGGAGAGACAUCACCACACCGGGCGCUGUCCCCUUCGGCCUUUCUAGUUACCUUGUCUUCGUUCUGUCUCUCCUGGAAGUCAUUAGUGCUGUCUGUUUUCCCCACCUUCUAUUCCUCUGCCAUUAUAGCAUGGUGCCUUGCUAGCCAGGAGCCAAAACACCCCCUCCACGGCCCCCGUGCUCCCCAGAGUGGCUCUUCACAGCCCAGAGUCCUGCCAAAGAAGCCUUGGACAUAGCAGCUUUGUGCCAACCCCAGGCUGCUGGGGCAGUUUGAGCCCUGGGGUGCUCACAGUUAGCAUUCUCAUCUGUAGAGCUUGCUCUUACCUGCCUGGGGCUGACUCCAUAGGGUUUACAAGUGAUCCAUACCACUGGGAUGGUAAACCCCUGCCCGGUAAGGGCGAGCAGCAGGCAGGGGCCCUGGACAUACAAAGCUCUCAGAUAGCUCUGCAGGACAGAAAGCGGGUUUUUAAAACAUUGCCCAAAAGAGAAAGAAAAGAAAAUGUGUCACCUAAAGGAGCUUCCUGCAGAACAAGUGACAAGUGGAACCCAGCCUCAAACACUAACCCUUUUCCUGCCAGUCCCGCCCAGCCGUGCCCUCACCCCACCUAAGGGCUCCCUGGGGGAGGCCUACCCACGCCCUGAUAAGCGCUGUCCUUAGAGAAGUGCGGCUGUUGACACUCCAAGCCCAGACCUUGUUCCACGGGUGUUUUCCCUUGUAGCCCCAGGUGGCCUGUGGGCUCCACCAAAGAGGACCCCACUCUGCAGCCAGCCAGGAGCUGCCUACCUCUAGCCCCGGGCUGUGGGCAGCAGGAGGAACGAAGCUUAUCAAGGCCUUCUUUGAGUGUGAGUGCCCUUGGCAAGCCGCCUGCCCACCCUCCCCACAUCUGAGAAGUGCAAUCAUUUUGAGUCUUUCUGUGUCGUCUAGAGGGAGGGGUUGGAUUUUUUUUGUUGUUACUUUUUUCCUCUCAGAAUAACCCUAUUUAUAGCUGCCCAGAAGAGAAGGGUGUGCUGGGGGUGGAGGAACAGCAGUUUGUCUGUCAGGAGCCUUAAGCGCUGGAGCGGCUCAUCUGUUUCGGGCCUCCCUGAGGCCUCAGCAGCGCAGAGCUAGGGCCGCCCCUCAGAGGCGCCCCAGCAUAGGAGACUAGCUCUGGUAACUUGAUGGAGCAGGAGGAAGAGGCUCCUGACUGAGCCGACCCUGCCUGCCUUGUGUCUCUCUGUGGAUUCAUGGUAACACAUGCAGAUGGACUUGGUCAGGAAUCUUCUGCGAGUAGGGACAACCUGUCUUCCCCUGCCUUCAUGCUCUCCCUUGCCACGGCAUGGGAGGGGAUCGGGAUAAACUCAAUGGACGGCCUGCACAGGCUCCCAAGACAGCCAAAGAGGGCUGGAGCAGCCUGGAAUUGGACAGUUCUUCAUCUAUGAAGCUGGGGAAGGACAGGAAGCAGACAUGUGCCUGAGACCGGCCACCUGCCUCUUGGAGCUGACGUCAAGCCUUCAACUACUGUCUUUCAAAAGGAAGAAUGGUGUCUGUGCCUGAGCCUCGGCUCUGUGUAUGCCCCAUCCUUAACCCUGAUGCUGCCUGUAAAGUCCAAUUGUUCCUUCUCGUUUCCUGAGGCCUUAGUCCUGGACACCCACCAACGACUCCUCAUGUCUGACUCUAGGUAACUGCCAAGAGAUUCAACUACCAAAUAGUCUGAUCCCCACCCACACCAGCCAGCAGCAGGCAAAGCUCACUUCCUGGACGCGGUAGCCCACACGGUGAGGGGGGGGUGGGGGUCAGAGAGCUAUUGCAAAGCCGUUGAAUGGUUUCGUGCAAGAGGGGUGAAUAGGCAUCUAGUGAGUGCCCAGAAGCACCACAGAACAGCCUGAAUCAACUCGGACCAUCCUCCUAGAAGCAGGGAUAACUCUGUGAGUCCUUUCUCCCUAACAUUUUGCCAGCUCCUAGAAAGCCACAAAGUGAGAGCACCUCCCAGUGUAUGCCUUUAGGGUAUGCCACCCCCACCCCCACCCCUCUGGCUCACCAUACACGAGGCUGACGGGGCAGCAGUUGAGAUCUAAGGAGAGAGUAGGCCGCCAGACUUAGCUGACAUCAAGAUGGAUGGAGGAGAUCAAGCAAGGACUUGCUACUGCCAACCAAGUUGGCAGCGAGGAAUCCAGGCAGAGCUGUUACUGAACUUACAGGGGAUACUGGCCCCGAGCGCCUCACUCUGGGGGCUGAGUGGGCUGAAGGAGGAGUAAGAACUCAGGGACUUUCUAGGACCGCACAGGUCAGACAAAAGAGGUUCCCAGGAGGAGGUGGGGAAUGGGAAGACAGUGUGAACAGGAACCCUUCGAGAGCUGACUCAGACGCUUCUCUGUGCGCUACGGUGCUUUCGAGGUCACGUAACCCUGGCGCCUCAUCCAUCCUAGUCCAAGACCCUGCCGUUGAGCUGAGUCCCAACAUGGGAAGCCACCUCCACGCGUGCUCCAAGCACGGGGUAGCGGAUGUCAAGCAGGCACUGAGAUCCUCAGCAGCACCGCGGUGCCUCUAUUUGUGGCAUUGACCCAGUCAGUCCCCAAGCCUGAGGUAAUUAGGAGAAAACCCAACCAGAGCCUGGAUUUUAGCCGCCCACCCUGUGCCUUCGGUGAUCUUUCGAGGACUGCCACCGGCCUUACUAUGGUCAUUUCCAUGUGGAGGUGCAGGUGGGGAAGUCGGUACAGGCUGGGCUCUGCCUCGCUGGAGUCUGUGAAUCUGCGAAGUGUUCUCCGUGUGUGUCUGAGGUGACUUAAAUGGAUCAGGAAGUCAUAUCUCGUGUGUAAGAGAAAGCUACAGCACAUUUAAGUGUCUGUAUCUGCUGCUGAGCUCCAGAGGCAGGGGAGCAGAGACCAAAUGUAACUGACCCCAAGCAGGACAUGGCGCCCCGCAUGGUUCCUUUCCUCAGCAGACUCCAUGAAGGAACCCUUUCCGUCGGACCUGUCUCAUGGCUGGCGGGCGCACUCUGUCUUUCCGCCAUUAUUCGGACUGGGAACCCUUUGAGAACCAGAAGGACCAGAAGCCCUGUUCUGCAAUCAGCUUACCAAGACCAACCAAUGGCAGCAGUUUGGACAAGCUCAAAACGUUGUUCUAUGUGAGUCCGACUUUCAGAGAGUAAUUAUCUCAUGGACGGCUCUUUUUUUUUUUUUUUUAACGCAGAAGAAAAUCUUAAAAUACUGUAUUUAUACCUGCCUUCCACUGCCUCUCAUACAGCAAGCAUCUCAGUUGACAAUAGGCAGCAGCAAUGUGGUACACAGAGUAUUUUGCACUUGGGGAAAAAAUAUGUAUCUGAAAACUUGUAAAAAGGAAUGUUUGGAUUUUGUACUGUCUUUUUUAUAUUAUUAAAAUACUAAAUGAAACUC